UGUUCCGAAGGACUGCUGAGAUUCCAACAUGGCAGUGGCGGCUGUGGUCAGUGUCUGCUGAGCAGCUCACUUGGGAUGCUUCCAGCUCCACCGCGACCGGGCCUUACCGGACUUCCCCUGGUUCCGAUGCUGUCCUGAAAACGCAAACAAUCCCUCAACCCCUGUCCCCCCACCUCACCCUACCCCACCCCAACCCCACCGAAACACCACGCUUGAGGUCGACCUGUGGCUAAAAUAACAGCACGACAUGAUCAGCAGCAGCAACAACAGCAGCAGCGUCUAUGGGUUGAAGAUGCAGUGGCAUCCUGAGCAAAGCCAGUGGGCUGAACAGCAUUUUGAUAUCUCCUCGACGACAUGCUCCCCAGCCCACAAAGCUGAGCCCUAUCGUGUUGUACCUGGACACCUUCAGUGCUCUGCUGCCUACCAGUAUGCCUGGGCGAACGAUGACAUCUCAGCCCUCACAGCCUCCAACAUGCUCAAGAAAUACGCGGAGAAGUAUUCAGGAAUCCUGGAGUUGCCCAUGUCGUAUCCCGAAGUCCCCAGUAUUCCAAGAGGGAUAAACGGACGGAAGGGUGAAUCAGAACCCUGGCAAGAUGGUGUCUAUCCAAUGAGCUGCAUACCCGACGGGGUUCCCACCCGCAAGGGAGGCGUUACAGCACCUUCUGAAGUGGUAACUGGUUUGUGCAGCUCUCCUGGUCUUGCCUCUAGCAACCUGAGUGAGCCUAGCUACUCAAACAGCAGCUGUGGUAGUCACAGUGCCACACUCCACUCAUCCUCAUUGCCUUCUCAGGAAUUUGGUAUUUCUUACAGUGGUUCCUACUUGCACAGUAAUUACAAUUCCCAGUCAGUCCCUGUCCCUGCACAUCCCUCCCCAUUGCACAGCUCUGGUCUUCUGCAACCACCUCCGCCGCCCUCCCACUCCUCUUUAGUCCAAGCUUUCAAUGGAGGCUCCCAAAACUUGUCUAAUUAUAAUUACUCUACUCCAGGAUACCCUGCCCAGAGCUCAGUUGGACCUGGAUACAGCACUGGGGGAGUGCCCCCACCAGCCUCAUAUCUUCCCACAGGCAUUGCCACACCAACACCCCUUCCCCCUUAUCAAUACCAUAACCAUAACUUGGCCCCAAUCACCCCGGGUCCUCUGAACAGUUGCUCCUCCAACUUGCUGAAGAGGAAAGCCUUCUACGUGACAGCCCAGGGAGAUGUAGACUCGUCUUAUGCAAACUAUGGCUAUGACCAGACACGCAGUUCAACUGAGAGCCCAAUGUACAAGGUGGCUGACAGUAGCAGCACAAACAGAAGCUGUAAUAGUCCCACUGGCAGUGGUUUUGAUCGGAGUGUUGAGAAGCCAGCUCUACUUUUUAAUCCACAAAAGCAGUCCGCAAUGCCUUCAGAGCAGCAGAAGCAGCAGAGAAAAUAUAGCAGCCAGGCAACUAGCAACCCAUUAUCUCCAUCAGCCUAUGUUUCUUCCUCACUCGUGGGUUCUCGCAUGGCAGACUCUCUUGUCAGCUUCAUAUCGCCAACCCCCGGUGAUCAAAGUGCUGAAGCUCAUCGUGUCCGUCACUCCCACUCAGGGGCUUCCUCUUCUUCAACCAUGUCCUCCUCACGCUCUGCUGAAGAGCAACUAAAAUCCUGUGACCCUCACCUCUUGGACAUGGUUACCUCUGAAAUUGUUCAGCAGGGUCCUCCCAUUGACUGGAGUGACAUUGCAGGUUUAGAAUUGGCCAAAGCAACCCUUAAAGACGAGGUUCUGUGGCCCAUUCUACGCCCUGACAUAUUUAGAAGCUUAGGACACAUUCCACGUUGUGUUCUGUUGUUUGGCCCAAGAGGGAGUGGCAGGACGAUGCUUGCCCGGUGUGUGGCCAGCCAGCUUGGGGCAUCAUUACUUCGACUCAAUGGGUCGACUUUAGUCACCAAGUGGCUGACAGAUGGGGAGGAAAUAAUCCGAGCGUCCUUCCUAGUAGCUUGCUGCCGUCAACCCUCUGUACUCUUCAUUAGUGAGGUGGACAUGCUGCUUUCAGCACAGUUCACCGAAGGAAGUCCCAUCAACAGACUAAAGGGGGAGCUACUUUCCCAGCUGGACUCACUUCUAAUGGGCUCAGGUGUGGAUGGAAGACGUCAAGUAUUAGUGUUUUGCUCUACAAGCAGGCCCCAGGACAUAGAUGAGGGGUUGCAUAGGUACUUUGCUCGGCGCAUUUUGGUAUCCCUGCCUGAUAGUGCGGCCCGGCACCAGAUUUUUAAACAGUUCCUCGCUCAAUCCCAGCACAAAUGCUGCAUUAGCGAGGAGGAGCUGACACUGCUGGUCCAACACACUGAAGGUUUCUCUGGACUUGACCUAUCUAGACUUUGCGAGGAAGCCCGUGUGGGUUUGUUACACAUUUCCACACAACAGAGCAUGGAAAUGUCCAAUAUGAUUCGGCCACUAACCUACAAGGACUUUGAGCGGGUCUUUUGUAAAUUGCAUGCAAGUAUAUCGCAAAAAGAGAUUGACAUGCACAUUGAAUGGAACAAGAUGUUUGCCUGUAGACAAUAAAAUGACAUUGAGUACUUAUUGCCAAGAGGCCCUUUUCCUCAGGGCAGAGAUAUUGUGCUAGAAGGGGAAAACAACAAUAAGGCCUCACAGAAAAUAAUUCACACCGUUUUUGCAGGAUAUGUAGAGACACUGUAUUAUGUAUAUAUACUAGGGGUGUAACUGUAGGCUAUAAUUAAUUGAAUGUAUAUUUUUUCAGUACAGCACAGUGUUGUACAGAACAUGGAUGGAUGAGACCAAGAGCAUGUCCUUUACCAGGAAAUGACUUGAUGUUGAUUGGAGAAAUUACAACUACCAACAUAAAUCUAAAUGAACCUUUAAUCUCUUGUGUGAACUAAACUGUGAUGUAGGGCGUAUCGUUACACCCCUGAUAUAUACAAUUCUUAACAAAUGUAUUAGACCAGCUGUCUUAAAAAGAAGAGGUCAUGUGGUGUCAUUAAGUGAUUUAAUGGCGCCUCCUCCAGCGAGCUCGCCUUGGUUUAUCAUUGUCGGGUCAAUCCAAAAUUGAGUCGCUGGGCUUCUCGUAGGGAGAAGUCACCAAUCAGUCAAUCAUAACAUGCAGGCACUAAACCAAAUUGGUCUGUUGACAAAUGUGAGUAAACAAUUAAAAUUUGACAUCCUAAUUUAGACAUAUCAAUGUGUUUGACUAAUGAUUUUGUGUAACAGUCAACAAGAAAAUUCUUAUAUAGUUGUAAUUCAACUUUAGCAUAAUAUAUGCAUGAAUUCAAAGAGCUAACAUACAGUUGAAUCACAGAAAAAAAAAAUUGAGGUAAUUAUCAAUACUGUUAAUUUAGGGCAUUUUAACAAAUACCCCAACAACGGAUGGUGGUCUGAUAAAUUUGUAUAGCACUGUGUAUAUAUACUGUAUAUAUACAUAUAAUGUUCUUUGGCACUCUCAUCCAAAAUUAAUGGUACUGUCAGGCCAAACCUUUGAUAAGUGCAAAACAUUUUGGCUUUAUAUCAAAGUGUGAUUAUGAGAUGAGCAUUUCAGCUUUCAUUUUCAGGUAUUUACAUUUAGAUCAAACACUUCUACUCUGGGCACCUUAUUUGGCAAUCCUUAGUUAUUUUAUAAGUGUGUUUUGAGGAUCUCCAAAUCUGUCUGCAUCUUUUUUUUUAAUUGUUAGACACAAUCAUUCUGGCUGUUGACCUUGGGACAUCAUCUUGCUGCUGCCACCAUAAUGUUAUAUUAUAUGUUGUGCCAUCAGGAAGAUUAGUCAGCCUGUCCCUGGAAAAGACAAUUUCCACAGAUAGGUUGUGAUCAUGAGUAAAUCCAAAGGCUUUGCUUUUCCAAAACUUGGGAUUCAGAUUAAACUUGGUUUCACCCAUCAAAAAAAAAGAUUUUUUUUUCAGCUUGACUCGUAUCUUUUUUUUUUCUUCAUGUAAAUGUCUUUUACUGGUGCUGUAGCAGUCACUUUAAGGUCGUAAUUAACAUAUCUAAAAAUUCCUGACAUCAGCUAUGAAUGUGUUGUUUCUUCUUGAUGGCAUUCCAAAUGUGUUUAUUAUGUUCAUAGAAAGACUGUCACUGCUUUCACAAAUUCUUUGAGCUUUACAAUUGUUCAUUUUUCACCCACAGUUUUAUCAUGCUGGUUAUGCCGCUAACUAGUAUAAAUGAUAAAUGCAGCAAAAACAAGCUUAAAAAAAUAAAAUUCAGUUAAGUAGUCAGGGAAGGCAAAAGCCAAGGCUGAAACUAAAAAGUAUAGACUUUCAGCACAAUUACAGGUUUGAAUUAUAAAUACAGUG